GAGUGAGACAGAGAGAGAGGGAGAAAGAGGACGGAACAUCACCUGGGGACGAACUUUCCACUCAAAUUCAAAUUUUGUAACUUCAUUCCCAUCAAAAUUACUGUCGUCGCCGUUUUGUUCACUUCCCCCCUGAAUGAGACAGGAAUCACAAUGUUGUUGAACUACACAAGGCUAUCAUCCCACGGCUGCACGACGCUCCGGGUCUCGCAAAUAGGUCGGCUCGCAAAGACACCAUUCACUCUGCAUACGCCACACAGCAGCCCGUCGUCAUAUAACCAGCACCUGGGCCGGUGCCUUCAGCGGCGCUACCAGAGCAUCGUGACCCAGCCACCUCGAGUGCCCUCGUCGUCGUCCUCCUCCUGCAGCCGGCCGCUCCUGUUCCUGCAAACGCUCCGCGGCCUUCAUCAGAGCAGCAGGCUGUUGUCCAGAAACACGAAGCUGACAUUGGCCGAGACAACGCUAAAGCCGCGCAGAAAGAUGCCCCGCUCCUCGUACGGCCGCCUGCUUGGCCUGACCAAGUCGGAGAAGUGGGUGCUGUUAGCGGGCAUUGCCUGCCUGGUGGUCUCCUCGGCCAUAACCAUGAGUGUGCCGAUGUUCCUCGGCCUGACCAUCGAUGUGGUCUUCAAGAAGAGCGGCGAGGGCAUGGAUAGCGUUGCCCUGGCCAAACUGGGCGAGUACUCCAUGCUGCUCUUUGGCAUCUUUGUGCUCGGCGGCGUGGCCAACUUUGCCCGCGUCUAUCUCUUUGGGAAUGCCUCACUGCGCAUGGUGCGCCAGCUGAGGUCGCGCAUCUACAGAUCCAUGCUGAUGCAGGAGACGGGCUGGUUCGAUACCAAGGGCACCGGCGAGCUGAUCAAUCGUCUCAGCAACGACACCUACAUGGUGGGCAUCUCGCUCAGCCAGAACGUGUCCGAUGGCCUGCGCUCCCUGGCCAUGAUAGCCGUUGGCUCUGCCAUGAUGAUCUAUACCUCACCCCAGCUGGCGGCCAUGAGUGCCCUGGUGGUGCCGGCCAUGGCUGGUUUGGCCAUUGUCUACGGACGCUAUGUGAGGCGCAUCACCCGGAUGGAGCUGGACAUGUAUGCGCAGAUCAUGAAGUAUGCCGAGGAGCGUUUUGGUAACAUCAAGACGGUGAAGAUAUUCUGCCGGGAGCAGCAGGAGGCGUCUACCUUUGACAGCAAGCUGAACGAGGCUCUCCAGAUUGGCUACAAGGAGACCAAGGCCAGGUCCAUCUUCUUUGGCUUGACCGGCUUCACGGGCAACUUCAUCAUCAUCACGGUCCUGUACUACGGCGGCACUUUGGUUCUGGAAGAAUCCCUGACCAUUGGCGCUUUGACUGCCUUCAUGCUGUACGCCGGCUAUGUGGCCAUCUCCAUGAACGGCCUGUCCAACUUCUACAGUCAGCUGAACAAGGGCAUUGGCGCCUCGGAGCGCCUCUGGGAGAUCCUGGACAGGGAGUGCACCAUACCCAUCAAUCAGGGCAUUGUGCCGGACGAAAAGCCCAUCGGCAAUGUGGGCUUCUCGGGCGUCAACUUUACAUUCCCAUCGCGUCCGGACACACCAGUGCUCAACGAUUUCAGCCUCAGCCUUAUGCCUGGACGCACCACAGCCAUAGUGGGUCGCUCUGGCUCUGGCAAGACCACCAUAGCUUUGCUCAUGCUCCGGCUAUAUGAUCCCCAGGCGGGCAUUAUUACGGUGGAUGGCAUGGAUCUGCGCGAGCUGAAUCCCCAGUGGCUGCGCCACAGUAUCGGUGCCGUUAGCCAGGAGCCGGUUCUCUUCUCCGGCACCAUACGCGAGAACAUCCUGUACGGCGUGAAUCCCGACGCGGAGAAUGUGGAGGAGAAGCUGCAGGCGGCCGUCGAGGAGGCGCAUGUGAGCGAGUUCACUGACAAUCUGCCCGAUGGCCUUGAAACCAUUGUGGGACAGCGCGGCAUGAUGCUCAGUGGCGGGCAGAAGCAGCGCGUGGCCAUUGCGAGGGCCUUGAUCAAGAAUCCCACCAUCCUGAUCCUGGACGAGGCCACCAGCGCUUUGGAUGCCGUCUCCGAGCAGCUGGUGCAGAAUGCCCUCGACAAACUUAUCCAGGGACGCACUGUACUGACCAUUGCCCAUCGGCUGAGCACCAUCCGGAAUGCGGAUCAGAUAGCCGUGCUCAGCGGCGGCAAAAUUGUGGAGCAGGGCAACUACGACGAGCUGCUGGGCAUUGAGCAUGGAGUCUUCCGCGAACUGGUGGCCAGUCAGACCUUUGGCACGUCCUAAUGCGUAGCCACGGUACCCUUUUAGGUUAUAUAUAUACAUAUUUUCGGCUGACUUGGACGAAAUCCACCGCUGGCUGGUGGUGGGCUUUCUGUGUUUACAAAUUCAUCGUUUUAAGGCAUCUCCCAGGCCAGGUGAUUCAUAAAUCAACAGUUUCUAGUUUUGUACCAACUUUGUACAGAAUCGCAAUAAUACAACGACCCCUUCCCCCCCAUCCCCCAUU